AUGGAUCCACUGUCAGUAACUGCGAGCGUGAUAGCUGUUGCUGCGCUCGCAGGACAGAUUGGUUCAGCCUUAUCAGAACUGCGAGCGCUUUGCAAGCAAUUGCCUGGUAGGCUCCACGCACUGAGCAACGAAAUAUCCGACAUUGAAGUAGUUCUUUAUCAGGUAGGUAGAGUCGUUGAAGAACGAUCAAAAUCCUCUGUUCAGAUCUCACGAACAGACACGAUAUCUAUUCCGAAGAUUUUGCAGAGGGCGGAGCUAAAAUUGAAGGAGUUAAAGACAAUCAUCGACCGUCUCACCGCAUUAACAACCAAGAAUGGAGUCAUCAUUUUCCAAAUACGCCUUUGGCAAAAAGAACAAUCCAAGAUACAAAGUCUACAGGAAGAGAUAAGAGAAAUCAAAUCUAGUUUCAAUGUUAUUCUCGGGGCUUCUAACUCGCGGGAGAUGAUGCAUGUCCGUCUCGAUCUCGAGACAUUGUCUACAGUCACUAAACAAACUGCCCAAGCACAAAGCACUUCCUGGGAGGAGUUUCUUCGUGACAUAACCUCCCACCAUGAAAAUGUUGAGGAGACACUCAAUCACACAUAUCAACAGGUUGACGAGAGGAUUAGUCGAGUUGAGGAAAUGCUGAAGACUCAGUCAACUCAGAUCCAAAACAGUCAAUUUCUUCAAGUUGGCCCUUCUUACAAUAUGGGUCCCCCAGCGUCUCGAAGACGCUUAUCUAGAUCAGUCAGUAAAGAGAGACCGCCAAAGAUGCCCAGCCGUCCCGAAGCCGUGGGCGUUCGGCUCACCCAAUACGCGAGCAUUUGUCGUGCGGGCUGUCUAUGUGCAUGUCACUCCCAAACAAAAUCUAGCACACCUGGAUUCAUGGAUCGCAUCCUCGGUCAACUCUUCUUGGGAUACCAAUCGAAUGCUGGACCACAAAUGUCUCUAACCACCCUAAGGCGAGUUCCCGAUUCCGCCCAGUGUGUCAGUUUUGCUCUGGAAGGUAACAUUGAAGGACUGAAAAUUUUGUUCAUGAGCGGAAUGGCAUCACCUCGUGAUGUUAGUACUACUCGGGGAUAUUCUUUACUUCGCUGGGCAUUGUAUGGUCAACAGUAUGAGACUUGCCGGUUUUCAUUGUCCGCUGGUGCCGACGCUGAUUAUAAACCAAUAUCUCUCAAUGAUGAAUGCCCUAGUGACAAGGCUUGUGAUGUUAUUCUUCGUGGUGGAAUAUCCGAGAGGAUCAUUGAGAUUCUGAGACUGCUGGGUGCCAGUAGUGAUUUUGUGGAGAACCAAAAUUUCGCCGCCAUUCACAAGAUAGUUCUGAGAUUGUCAAUGAAAGAUUUGGAAGAAGAGAUCCUACGAAAUCCCAGUCAAAUUGAUGUUCAUGAUGCAACGGGCCGUACUGCGCUUGAAUGGGCAGCAGCUCGAGGAGAUGAACGCUCAUUGAUAACAUUAUUGAGUUAUGGCGCCGAUCCCAACAACAUAGACCACAAACUAAACACACCCAUUACAUUAGCAUCGAACCAGAAUCAUACCGUGUGUGUUAGACUACUUCUCGAAGCUGGAGCUUAUCCGGAUCCUGUCCUUCCAAACGGUAUCAAAUUCGGCAGUCCUUUGAAUCGCGCGGCGCGAAAUGCUUCAGAUCCUUUAUUACUUAAAACUCUACUCGAUUUCAACGCAGACAUUGAAGCUGGCAAUGUCGAUGGCGUUACGCCACUACUACAAGUUGCCCGUGGUAACAGCGCCAGUCACGCGAUGCUACUCUUGGAAUAUGGAGCUAACAUCAACGUAACAUCAAAAGCUGGUCGUAAACCACUUACCACCGCCAUAAUACAUAACAACCACAAUGUCCUCCAAUUACUCCUCGAUCGCUGGUAUGAAUAUAGCGAAUGUCCUCGCUUAAAGGGACCCCACCUUCUUGAACUCGUGGCUCAAUAUGCAGAUUUGGAUACUAUAUCCAUUCUUGCUUCUACCAACCACCUGAGGAUCAAAUUUGACAAAAGUUACGUGUUUGGGGAUUUCGUCACCAGGUUACGAAAGAGAUCUGGGGUUACAGAUAAAUUACUGAGUGCUUUCGAAGAUCUACUAAACGUUAUUAAUGAGGGUGCAGCAGAGCACAGAAGUCUAGAGAGUGCCAUGGAAUCGGGAUUAUUAGUACAUGGAGAACUCGACGAGGAAGAUUCGGAUGAAUUUUAUGAAGAUGCACAGGAGGUUUUGACGACCAUGUCGCCUGAUUUUGGAUGUCCUUUUAUCAGAUUGGCAAAGAGAGCUACUAUCUAG